AUGGACCAGCAUUCCUGGUGUCCGGCUGAGUCCGUGGAAGCUCUGGAUGGGUCAGGGGCCAGGGACGGGGCCAGACUUGGUUAUAGUGGGUCCCAUGAGGUCCCUCCACCUCUGGAGGGCGGGGUUGUGUCACGGAAUAAUAUCUGUAGUGCACUUGCAGCCAUUGGAGGGAUGCUCUUCUGUCUCAUGGAGCUCUUGGGCAAACGGUGGAUUCUGUUGAUGUUUGCCUUCUUUGCUGCAAAAACUGAAGCCUGUGGGGAUUAUGGAGAUGGAAUGGAAGUGGCAGAAUGUACACAAGGAUUCCCCUCUCUUUUUCACAUUGACCAAGUGCUGGGAAACACUUACUUGAGCACAGUAUCCUCCAGACAGGUAUUGGUCCCUGACAUGAACUUCACCUGCAGUGGAACAAUCACCAGGUGGAUAUUUGGUGCUAAUUGGAGGGGGCUCUCCCCAGCCUUCGUGGAGUUCCAGAUCUGGAGGAAGGUGUCCUCCACUGGCUCAACGUACAUAAAGAUAGCUGGAACCGCCAUCAAUGUUGGUAGUAGUAACAGCAGUGGUGUGUAUGAGUACCAACUGGACAUCCCACUAGCAUUCCAGGAAGGAGACAUCUUUGGUUACUUCCAGCCUAUAUCAAAUCGCACUGAGCUUCAAUUGUACCUGGAGAACUCCAACAAAAUUACUACCUACCAACAAAUUCCAUCAGACUGUGGAUGUGGGUUCAUGUCAGUAAAGAGAGUGCGUUCUUUGUUGUCUAGUAGUGGCAGGGGUUAUUCAGAUGAUAUUUUCAGACGUCGAUCUAGUGUUCUCUUUCCGAGUCUAAACUUCACAUGCAGAGUAAAUAUUUCAAAAUGGACAGUUGCAGCACAAUAUUAUCAUAGAGAUGAUCCAGAUGAUGGGUAUAUUGAACUACACCUGUGGAGAAAGUUGGGAAAUUUGAGUAGUACUCUCUACAAGAAAGUCAACAACACUGUGACAGUGAUGUCUGUGUUAUCAAGGACGAAAAGGGAAGAUAUUUACGAGUUUACUCCGACUACUACUGUGGUUGCUGAGCCAGGAGACAUUGUGGGUCUCUUUAUUAGUUACUCGUUUAGGCCUUUGUCUGAGAAGAAUAAUGACAUACUAUUUUAUUGGAGCAGAGAAACCCAAGAUGAGUAUUUUGACAUACUUGAUAGCGUAAGGGGAUACGGCAGUCCACUGAUCACUAUUGAAGCCUUUUGGUUAAAUUUGAGGAAACCGGUGUUUAGCUGCUCCGGUGAGGCUUACUUCUCCUUCAAUAUCACCUCGUACAAAACAAGCAACAGAAGAAUCAUCAUUCACAGCCUCACACCAUCCUCCACACCAGAGAGCAAACAGUCUAUGGCUAGUAACUACGGAACAUCUCUCAUUGCUGGUUCAGCCGCCAGUGUCCUUGUCCUUGCAAUUGCCAUCAUAGUACUUAUCACUGUAUGUGUUUGUUGGAGGAAAAGUCACCUGACCAAAAAAACAAGAGCGCUGCCAGAAGGUACCGAAGAUAACAUGGAGACAGAACAUGAUUAUAUUCAGAAAGACAACAUGUAUGCAUAUGCUGCUCAACCAACUCUGUGCAGUGCAACUGAACAAAAUGUAGCCUACAAUGCUCACUCCUUUGACGACACUACUGAACUCGGGAAAAACGAUGUCAGUUCAAAGAAAGACUGUGAUGGAUGUGCGUAUGAAGAAAACUAUGACAAUGUAGUGCCAGUGAGAGGAGGAGAAUAUGAACCAGUGGCACCAAACACAGCAUAUGCCUCAACACACCAGAAGAGGAAAGGAACCAAUACGUAAACGUCUUCAAAAACUAACAGUUUCUGCAUGGUGUGUUAGAUUCGUUCGUUGGUGAAUGUCAUAGAAUUUGCAUUAUAGGCUGCUAUGAAUAUUGACAGUGCCAGUUAAAACGUAUGUGAACACACGUGUGCAAUUGUUUAUGGUGUUAUACAGAAUUU